GCAAAGAAGGAAGCUGGGCAGCUGAUAGGAACAACAUUCAGCUCCGAGGCUGAAAGGGAAACAUCAGCUGCCCGGGGGCAGUUAAAAUGAGUGACAACGCUACUCUGCCUGCUCCAGCUUCAAAUCAGGGUCCUACCACCCCACGCAAAGGCCCUCCCAAGUUCAAGCAGAGGCAGACUCGCCAAUUCAAGAGUAAACCUCCAAAGAAAGGCGUGAAAGGAUUUGGAGAUGACAUUCCAGGAAUGGAGGGGUUAGGAACAGAUAUCACAGUGAUUUGCCCGUGGGAGGCAUUCAGCCACCUGGAAUUGCAUGAGCUCGCUCAGUUUGGGAUUAUCUGAAGUGCCAGAGGUUCUGCCACUCUCGACAACAUCUGCUGUAAUUUUGGUUGCUUUUGCCCUGUUGAUCUGCCGGAGUCUUGAAAUUCAGCUGAUUGGAAGUGUUUUCUUUGACUUUCAAGGUCAUUCCCUGUCAGUUACUACUAAGAGUUCUCUUACUGUCAGAAUCUCUCUUGCAGUACAGCUCAAAAUAGUGGAAGCAUUUCAAACUUGACCACCUUUUCCUACCAGCUAGUUAAAAGUCAUCAAUAUUUCUCUACAUUUUGUUUAUGUGUAAGUCCUUUAAAUCUAUUUUUGCUAGGCAUUCAUUAUGAUUAAUAGUAGACUUUUAAGACAACAUUUAUGUCACUCCCCACCUCCUCUUAUUUAAUAAAGGAGAUACUUACCUUGAA